AUGAAACUCUCAUUUACCCUAACUAAAUCAAAGCCUGCGCCUGUUGCGACUGCGUCUACCAAGCUACCGUCCCUCUUCGCCACCGAAGAGGAAGGAAACGAUGAUACACUUCAGUUACCCCACGUUGAGGCUUCAAAAGCCAUAAGGAAGCGCAUCGAAGCAGAGAAGAGAGUCGACAACACCGUUUACCAAUAUGAUGAGGUUUGGGACAAGAUGCAGGAGGCUAAGCAGAGACAGAAGGAAGCCAAAGAAGUGGACGCAACGCAACGCAAGCCAAAAUAUAUUCACAGUUUACUUACAUCUGCUGCUACUCGCAAGCUCGAUUAUCUCCGUGCGGAAGAGAAAAUGAUGCAAUUGGAACGUGAUACUGAAGGCGAUGAAUUCAAGGACAAGGAGUCGUUCGUCACUCAGGCCUAUAAGGAUCAGAUGGCUGAGGUUCGCAGAGCAGAAGAGGAAGAAAAUGCAAGGGAAGAACUGCGGAAAAAACAAGAUGGUUCAUCAACGGGAAUGGCCCAUUUUUACCGCAAACUUCUCGAGGAGUCAGAAAAAAAUCAUGACGCAACCGUUGCUGCAACUCAGAAACGUGUUAUUGGCCCUCAAGGGCCCACUCCUAACUUGACAAUAACUAAACCGGCGAAUUUUACACCCACAUCGGAUGUAGAGCUCGCGAGACUCGCCAGAGAGCAAGGUAAAGAAGUAGAGCUUAAUGACGACAACCAAAUUGUUGAUAAGCGGGACCUUUUGGCGGCUGGUCUCAACCUGUCAUUGCCCAACACACGGCGACUUGGUUUGCAAAAGGCUCAGCAGAAGCCGGCGGAUGCAGCACCGACUCAUCGAGCAGUGGGAGUUGCGGCAACUCGGAGGGAAAUUAAUGAGCGUAGGGCCAGAGAGAUCCAGCAACAGCUGGAAGCUGAGCGAGAACGGUCACAGAAGGAGCAGAGAGAGGCCGAUGAAGAAGCGAUACGGCGAAUAGUCGCCAAGCGAAACACUGAAGUUGAUGUGGAGAGCGCACGGGAACGAUAUCUUCAGAGGAAACAACGGAGAGUAGAAGAAGACGCAAGAGAGUCAAAUGCCAAUACUAUGGAUACCAAUAUGUCCUGA